AUGCCACCACUGCAGUCACUUCACUCCCUGGAAGUUCAGAGCUACCUAGUCAGACGACAACUGACACCAUACUUCAGACUACUGACUGAGGCCUUAAAUCUUACCAACACUGAGUCUUCUACUGAGGCCUUGAAUCUUACCAACACAGGGCCUACUACUGAGGCCUUGAAUCUAACCAGCACUGGACCUACUACUGAGGCCUUUAAUCUUACCAAUACUGGACCUACUAGUGAGACAUUUAAUCUUACCAACACAGGAUUUACUACAGAGGCCUUGAAUCUUACCAACACUGGACCUACUACUGAGGCCUUAAAUCUUACCAACACUGAGUCUUCUACUCAGGCCUUGAAUCUUACCAACACAGGGCCCACCACUGAGGCCUUGAAUCUAACCAACACUGGACCUACCACAGAGACCUUUAAUCUUACCAACACUGGACCUACUGCUGAGACCUUUAAUCUAACCACCACUGGGCCUACUACCGAGGCCUUGAAUCUUACCAACACUGGAUCUACUACUGAGGCCUUUAAUCUUACCACCACUGGGCCUUCUACUGAGGCCUUUAAUCUAACCACCACUGGGCCUACUACUGAAGCCUUCAAUCUUACCAACACUGGACCUACUACUGGGGCCUUUAAUCUAACCUCCACUGGGCCUACUACUGAGGCCUUCAAUCUUACCAACACUGGAUUUACUACUGAGGCCUUUAAUCUUACCAACACUGGACCUACUACACAGGCCUUAAAUCUUACCAACACUGGACCUACUACUGAGGCCUUAACAAAGACAUCAAUAACAAUUACCACUGAAUCCCUAGUCAAGUCAACUACCUAUUCUCAGAUGAUGACUGAAUCCACUACAGACAACAAUACAACUGAUUCUGAGUUUGUUAUUCAACUUACAGAUUCCUCUGAUGACAAUGGUUUACUUAUUGGAUUAACACUCAGUGGAGCAUUAUUCUUUAUAUGUAUUGGAAUUGGUAUCUUCUCCAUAAGAAUGUACAAUAAAAGAUGGAAAAAAGACCUAACCUGCAAUGAUGAGGAACCAUCAAUGGUCUCACUAGAACGCUAUAAGAUGACUCGUUCUGAUUCAACGUACACUUCCCUGAACCCAGGCCAUAGUAUGGAUUCUACAGAUCAUACCUAUGCAGGGCUUAGUCGCAGAGAUUCAAUGCUCCUGACAGCUUUUAUGCAAGGUACGACUGAUCCAAAUUCAGCAUAUACUACGUUAAAUCCGACCCAAGGUGAUGGCAGAACAGAGGAUCAUACAUACACAGGACUAACUGAAACAUUUAAACCCCUGUCCACUUCCACUGGGUCUAUAAAUCACCAGAGUUCUAUCUACACCAAACUGAACCCCGGACAGAGUGAUGGAACAACAGAACAGACUUACACAGAACUAAGAAAACAAUCAGAAUCUUUGUUCAAUUCCCAGUCUCCCUCAAAUCGUCCCACGUCUGCCUAUGCCUCACUGAACCCAGAACAGGGAACAAAUGAUAAAGAACGGCCAUAUACAGAAUUAACCGAUGUGUCUGUGUUAUAA